UUCCACCCAAAGCGGAAACGAAGCAGCAUGCCUUACGAAGAGUAAACGAAGUAGCAGGGAUUCAUCUUGUCGUCAAGCUAGUAGCCACCUCCCAGCUCAGCUACCAGCUCUUCGCCUCGUGUCCCUCUCUUCCCAUAUCUGUCAGCUCGCCUCAGUUACUAGUUUAGCAGGCUAGUACGGAGAGACGAGGGCUGCUCCCUUUCGCCUCUGCUUAGUCUGCUGCUCAACUCACCGUCACAGAUCAUUCCACACCAUGGCUGCUACGGACGUUGACGUGUUUUCGAAUGAAGAGAAGCGGAGUCUCAGCUUGGGCGGCCAUGUUGGAUUUGACAGCCUUCCUGACCAACUGGUCAGUAAAUCGGUCACACAGGGUUUUUGUUUCAACAUUCUGUGUGUAGGGGAGACUGGUAUUGGAAAGUCAACAUUAAUGAACACACUCUUUAAUACCAUGUUUGAAAAUGAAGAGGCGAGUCAUUACCAGAACGGUGUGUAUCUGCGACCGCGAACAUACGAUCUGCAAGAAAGCAACGUCCACCUCAAACUAACCAUCGUUGACACUGUUGGCUUCGGUGACCAGAUCAACAAAGAGGACAGUUACAAGCCAAUUGUUGACUACAUUGACACUCAGUUUGAAAACUAUCUCCAGGAGGAGCUGAAGAUCAAACGCUCGCUCUUUAAUUACCACGACACGAGGAUCCACAUUUGUUUAUAUUUUAUUGCUCCAACUGGACACUCCCUCAAGUCCCUGGACCUUGUUACUAUGAAAAAACUGGACAGCAAGGUCAACAUAAUUCCCAUCAUCGCAAAAGCGGACACAAUCUCCAAGAGCGAGCUCCAUAAAUUCAAAAUAAAGAUUAUGAGUGAACUCGUGAGCAACGGUGUCCAGAUAUAUCAGUUCCCAACAGACGAUGAAGCCGUCAGUGAGAUCAAUGCCUCCAUGAAUGCCCAUCUGCCAUUUGCUGUGGUCGGAAGCGUGGAAGAGGUCAAAGUGGGUAACAAAACAGUGAGGGCCAGGCAGUACCCCUGGGGUGUUGUACAAGUUGAGAACGAGAGCCACUGUGACUUUGUGAAACUUCGAGAGAUGUUGAUCCGAGUCAACAUGGAGGAUCUGAGGGAGCAGACGCAUGCCCGUCACUACGAGCUGUACCGACGCUGUAAGCUGGAAGAGAUGGGCUUCAAAGACACAGAUCCUGAUAGUCAGCCAUUCAGCCUUCAGGAGACCUAUGAAGCUAAGAGGAAAGAGUUUUUAGGAGACCUGCAGCGCAAAGAGGAGGAAAUGCGGCAAAUGUUUGUGAACAAAGUCAAAGAAACUGAAGCAGAACUUAAAGAAAAGGAGAGAGAGCUUCAUGACAAGUUUGAGCAGCUGAAACGGAUGCACCAGGAGGAGAAGAGGAAGGUGGAGGAGAAGCGGAGAGACCUGGAGGAGGAGAUGAACGCCUUCAACAGGAAGAAGGUGGCAGCUGAGACGCUGUCCUUAUCUCAGCCUCUCAAGAAAGACAAGGACAAGAAAAAUUAAUUUAUGGGCGCAGCACACCCCUCCACACACGACCAUGGAUUUGUCUUCCAUCACCAUAGCAACGACAACAUCUGGUUUUCUGUUUUUUUUUUUUGUUUGUUUGUUUUUUUUUUGACAUUCCAUCAUGACAUUGUGCACAUGGACCAAAGACACUGAGGAUGGUGAUGGUGAAGCCACAGGAGAGGAAAGAGUGAAAGAUGGUGAGAAAUGAUGAGGAGAAACAUUCAUUUUCCACCAGUGGCCAUCUCAUUAAAGUCAGGAUAUUUCUAUGUUGUUUUGGACACUUUUUUUAUACACACACACACAUAUAUAUAUAUAUAUGUAUGUAUGUAUGUAUGUAUAUGUGUGUGCUUUUUGUUUUCCCAAGUUGUAUUUUAAUUUUCUUAAGUUUCUCUUUUUGUGUUUGUGUUUUUGCCAUCAAUUAUCCACACAGAAAUAAGACAUUAAAACCCCUUCAAGCAUUUUGACCUCUUGGUACUUCAGUAUAACACCCCAGGGCAAAAUAUAUAUUUAAAAAAUGUACGAUGUACUCGAUUUUUAUAAGUCUGACAUUCAAAUUGGAGAUAUCAGGGAAAUUUAGGCUCUUGUUUAUUUUUAUUUUGUGACUAUAUGACCCAGUGGAAACAUUGUUCAGGUGUGAUGUGUUUAACCUUUUUGUAAAAACAUAAGAAUUUAGCUUCGUAGAAAAAAAAAUCCCUGCAUAGUUUAAGUAAUGCAUUUAAAUAGCCGUAUGUCAAGCAAUAACUGAGUACCUGUACACUGCAUAACAUGCAUUUACAAAGGUACUGACAACCUAAACUUUGUAGUCUUGAGUCUUAAAAACCUAUGCAAUAUUCUGGUGCUGUAACUCAACAAGUGUAUAUGAAUAUUUUCUAGAGCUUAUUAAGCUUAAUAUGCAAAAUGUACUAGAUUUUAAAUAUAUUGUAAGAAGCCCAUAUGAUGGUGAACCAUUUCUGUAACAGAUUUAAUAUUAUUGUAAGCCAUGAGUGAUCGUCAUGAUGUGUUAUGACAAUGGACUCACAAACACAAAGCCAGUAAACGCAGGAUUCAGGAAAACAUUGAAGCCUCAGCUCGCUGUAGAUGAGUUUACACUCAUGGAGAAGAGAGCAGCUGUAUUUACUGUCUGUUGUUGGAAAUAAAUGUAACCCCCCUCCUCCCUGA